AUGUAUUAUUUCGAUGCAAGAGAAUUAGAAGAAGAAUUCAAGAUUGAGGAUAAAUUAUAUAGAGACUAUCUUAUUGAUUUUCACGUAGCAAAAUGUCCAGGCAGUGUAUGCAUUACUUCACCUUGCCUGUUUUAUCAUGAAGGCGAAAAAAGGCGAAGAAGACCUUUCCGAUUUUCUAAUGGUGCAUGAAGCUACAAACCUCAGCUGUGUAUUGAUGAUAACUGCGAAUACGGAGAAACUUGUGUUUAUGCGCAUAAUAAGGACGAGAUUAAUUAUCAUCCUAUGGUCUUUAAAACAAUUCCAUGCAGUUACCCUUUACAAAAUGGAGUUUGUUCCAAAAAUGGAGAACACUGCUUCUUACGCCAUGCUCCUGGUGCUUUAAGAGAACCUUCAGACUAUUUUAAAAAUAACCCUAGAAAAAUGUGAGUUGGAAGCACCGUUGAGGAACAAAAUAAUGACAAUAUUAAGUCUCAAAAAUACCAUACACAAUAUAAAAUAAAUCAAGAUAAUAAAAGAACCAAAAAAAGAAAAACUUCUAAUUUUGAAUUCGAAAGGGACACGUUUAAAGUGUUUGUUUGCAAUGAUUUCAAAGAACAUGACGAAGCCAGAUGCUUAUUUUAUCAUACCUAUGAUGACCAAAGAAGGGAUCCUAAAAAAUAUAACUUCAUUUUUGUUCAAUAAUAAUUAUUAUAUAGAAAGAAUAAAAUAAGCAGCUAUAAUGAGGAGAAAUAGAAUAAGUAUAGAGCCAUACCUUGCAGAAAUGCAUAUAAUCCUGAUAAUAAAAAGUUCGAAAGGGACUGCUUUUAUGGGAAUGAAUGCGAGUUUGCGCAUAAUAAAUAUGAGCUGUUCUAUCAUAAAGAUUUUUUUAGAAAAUAUGAAUGUAAAAACCAUGAUUGCGACUUAGAAGAAAUCUGCCCUUUUACUCAUAAUGAAGAAUCGCAAGAGGUGGACAAUACAUAUGAUACAGAAGAGCUAAGAAAUUUGAGAGAUAAAAAUAAUUUAUUGAAAGAUUUUUUAAGUAGUUUGAGAGAGAGGCUGAAGGAAAAAGAAAGAUUUAUUUGUCAUUUCUGUAAAACUAAACCAAUUGUGGUUGUAUUUGUAUGUGGCCAUGCUGGGUGUAGAGAUUGUGGUGAUUCGUGUCAGCAUUGUAAUAGAAACGAUAAAAUUACACUACUAAAGGUUUUACAUUACAUUAAACCUGGUAUUUUAAGGUGUCUAGUGACACACCCCUUAAUUAAAAAGGGUCAAAGCGAGACCAGUGACGUCACCAAGCCAUCUUGGAAUAUGUGGUCAGCCCACACCCAAGCCUUCUAUAAGGCUUUGUCGCCAGAAAGUCGCCGUACAUCUCACCCGGCGCGUUGCCGUCACUCACCCUGACUCAGCUCCUGCGCGUGUUCCGCCUAAGGGUCAUCCUCCCGUGGGGAUGUGUGAGAGAUAAAACUCCGAGCCUCUUGAAUGCGCUGAGGAGCCGUGCCUUUGGUUAUCCCAAAAGUUAAACGGCUGUUGCUUGCGCAGAAGUUCUCGAGAGAAAACCCAACCCCAUAAAUAAAAUUCCAUGAGGGAGAGAAAAUUGGCAGAGCCAAUUUCUCUCGAACCGAAUGCCAUUUUAUUUAUACACUAAAGGUUUUACAAAUUUAA